AGGAAGUGCUCCAGCUGCUCCCAGGGAUGCAUUGCAAGGGUGUGAGUCUGAGAGCCCCGCACAAUGGAGCAGGCUCCGCGUGACUCGCCAAGGGCGAGCUGAUUUCCCACCAUCGCCUGUCCACUAGCCCGUGCGGUGCGAAUCCAGCCUGUCCUGCUCCCCUGGCCGGGAACGGGGGAGCCCCGCUGCCGUUAGCGGAGCGGGGCUGCGGGAAGAGGAGAAAGCGAAGCGAGACACGGCGAGCUCCGCAUUGCAGCCGAGCAGGCGCCGGGCGCACCUCACCGGCUCGGGGAAUCCGCCCGGGGAAGGCCCCGCAAACUCCGCUCCGGGCGGACGCUUCCAGCCAGGUCCAGUCCGUUCGCACCCGGGACCAAGCCCCUGUUCCGCGGGGAACAGCCCGGCCUGGGUGGUUGUACACAGACCUCCCGGCGGGUCACGGACCGGGGCAGUGUCCGCGCGCGGCCACGCCGGAGUGAGAUCGGAUCCGGGAGAUGACAGUCCCAUGAGUGCGGAUCAGAAGCAGGAUCUCAUGACUCACCUGACGUCCCCCCCUGGAGAAAGGCCGUUCGCGUUUCCGGCUUGCGACGAAAGCUUUAGCGAUGAGAGAAACCUCAUAAUCCACAGCCAGGCGGAGGAGCGGGAGUACAAAUGCAUUCUGUGCGGGAAGUGCUUCAACCAGCAGCCCAGCCUGACCCGGCACCAGAAGAACCACAUGGGGGAGAGGGCCUACAUCUGCCCCGAGUGCGGUAAGAGCUUCAGCCUCAAGCACAACCUGAUCAUCCACCAGCGCACCCACACGGGCGAGCGGCCCUACAAGUGCAGCGUCUGCGAGAAGAGCUUCAGCCUGAAGCAGAACCUGGUCACCCACCAGCGCAUCCACACCGGGGAGCGGCCCUUCGCCUGCCCCGAGUGCGGGAAGAGCUUCCGGGAGCAGCGAUUCCUCCUCAACCACCAGAGGACCCACACGGAGGAGCGGCCCUACGAGUGCGGCGACUGCGGCAAGUCCUUCAAGGAGAAGCAGACGCUCGCCAGCCACCAGAGGACCCAUAGCGGGGACAGGCCCUACCAGUGCGCCGAGUGCGGGAAGAGCUUCAGCCAGCGCACGUUCCUGGUGACGCACGAGAAGACCCACCAAGGGGGGAGCCCGUUCACCUGCGGCGAGUGCGGGAAGAGCUUCAGUUGCAAGAGCGGCCUCGUCACCCACCAGCGCAUCCACACCGGGGAGCGGCCCUUCGCCUGCCCCGAGUGCGGGAAGCGCUUCAGCCAGAAGGGGUCUCUGAAAAUCCACCAGAGAAUCCACACCGGGGAAACCCCCUUCACCUGCCCCGAGUGUGGGAAAACCUUCACGCAGAAGAUAAACCUGACUACGCACCAGAGAACCCACCUGGGAGACAAAGCCCUGACAUGAGCCUGACGUCAUGCUAGGAGCUUUACAGAGCGGAUCGCUCUGAACUCGGCUGGGAGCUCCCGGAGGGGCCCAGGACUGCACUGGAUGCGAGAGGCUGAACGGCGGGGACGCCAUGUGAACGUUCUGAGUGUCUGGAAGGCCUCGGUCGCUCCUUAGACACCCUGGAGUCCCCCAGGGGAUCCUGAUUGUCUUCACGCACUGAGCCUGGGUCCCCUGUGCAGCUCCUCUGUCCACUGGCCGGCCAGGAAUCACUGGGUGUAGUUCUGUGACCGGCCGGUGCAGGAGGUCGACUAGAGAAGCACAGUGAUUUCUUCUGGCUUUAAAUUCCGUGAACCUGUAAUUCUGAAUAUCAGCCUGAGAUUUCCUGAAGGUGGGAAAAUAGUCCGUUAAGACACAAGGAGAGACAUCAUACAAAUGUCAUGUAUGUUGGAGAAAUCUUAUUCACUCCCCUUGCUGUACAUAACAGCAAGAAAUCGCCAAGUGGAUGCACUGGAGUGUUUGCUCCCUGGUUGCUGUUACAGGCCAGUUCAGGGAGCGUUGCUAUGCCAGUGGCAUGUGGUUGCAUCCCUGUUUUUCCCUUUGUGGUAUUUCCCACCUCCUGUUCUAGUCUCUUCUGGUCCUUUCUGUUUGUGUUUGUGAUGUUUCUGUUCUAUGCCUGAAGAUUGUGGGCAGAAGGGGAAGGUUUCAUUAAUGCUCCAAAAGGAGGCAAGUUUCUGCUGCAUGUGAGGAGGGCAAGAAUUCACUCUUGUGUCCCCUGGGAGAGGCCGUCAGUGCAGUCAGCAUAAAACUGAAGAGAUGUCCAACACAAACGGUUCCUGCCCGUGUCACUCACAGCCGUUCCGAUGAGCGAAACAGGAAUGGUUUGAAAAAUGAAUUUUCCUUUCAUAGUUUUCUGCUGUUUUGCUCAAUGUUCCGUGUCACUCUGCCUGGACAAUGAAACCAGAUUGGUCAGUUUCAGUUUCUAGCCAUUUUCACUUUCUGGGUCUCCCCAUGGGCACAUUGUUCCUGGGUUCCCAGUGCCACAGGGGAAUGAAUAUUAAACAUCUGGGAGGAGGGAGAUCAUUUCAGUGGAGCUGUACUGGGGUAGAAUUAACCCAUGGAUUUCAAGUCAUAACAGCUGAUACAUCCAGAGAUUAACAUCAGAGAUCAGACUUUAGGGCCCAGUCCAACGCCUAGUGAAAUAAGUGGACAGGCUGUCAUUGCCGUCGGAGGGAACAGGAGCAGAAAGGGUCUGUCCUGCAAGGUGCUGAAUGCACUGGCCCUGAUCCAGCAAAGCAGAGCGCUUUAGCACAUGCAUUGGCAUCAGCGUGACCACUCACCGCCUUAACGUUAAACAAGGGCAUAAGGGCUUCACUGGAUCAGAGCUGCGUGCCGAGCAUCUUGCAGGAUUGAGGCCUUAGUGACCGAGGAGGAAAUACGAUAACCCUCAUCCUACCAGGGGAUAGGGUACCCCCCCGGAUGAGAGCACGUGUAGCUCAUCGACAGAGAUUCAUGCAAACACUCCCAUUGGUACGAAGUUUUUGAGAUCCUCACCCUCCCAACACCCUUUAUUUAAAAAGUAAAUCUAAAUGUUGUCUGUAACCCCAGAGAAUUGGCUGGGUAAGUUUCUUUGGGAAUACACAGGUACCAUUUCUAUGACUGGAGAGUGCCGUAUUCCUGAUUAAGAGGCAUGUGUUGGCUCGUAUUUCUAUAGAGGAUCCUGGGUCUUUAACUCUGUUUGAAUUCUUGUAGUGAUCCCUGCCUGGGCAGAAGGAGUGGUAGAGAUGGGUUGAUUAAAGGAUAUGAAAAUAAGACAGGAGCGGGUAGGGGAGGGUGUGUGGUCUGGUGAGGGUUAAUCCUGGGGGGAAGCAGUAAUUAAAUUGGGGAUGGAAAUGAUGGGGUGUCUCUCUGGAACUGUAGCUGGAAUGCUAGAGAUCAAUAAAGGAAGGUGUGUUCUGAAAGGAACUCUGCACUGUGUGAUUUUUGAUUUACGUGAAAAUCUGUCCUGAUCACGGCUCACCCAUGAUCUUCCAGCGUCAGCCCCUGGCUAGGUGUAACGAACUGGCUGCAUAGACACGGCUAUCCCCACUCUCACA